UUCUGCGCCAGGAACAUGCCUUGUCAACAUGGUACAUGUGAAGACACAUGUGACAAUAAUGGUUACAAGUGUACCUGUUAUGAAAACGAUUGGGAAUUGCAAGCUGGCCAUGUUUGCUUUGGUGCAAAGGGUAACAACUAUGGUAGUAUAAUACUUCGUUCAACUGGCGUGCUUACAAAAUUGAGACUGCUACACACAGGUGAAGCGUCAUUAAACUGUAACAUGCAUCGCUGUAGUAGCGGUUCAAAAUGGGGAUGCUGCGUAACCGCUGGUGAAAUUUAUAUUAUCAUUACAAAUAAAGAAAAUGAAAUCAUAGCACCGGAGACCAUGCCAAAAAGAUAUUCCUACAAACUGCCAGGAUUUGAUCAAAAUUCGGCUUUCAUUCAAUUCGAUGUGUACAACACCACGGUAAAGGUUGGUGACGAGUUGAGAAUUUGGCAUUUACAGGAUAUAAAAGAUAAAUCUGAAUAUAACAAUGAAGGGAGAUCGUGUGCGAAUGUUUAUGCUGUAUUUUGCGAUUAGUUGUUAUCGCGAUUUUUUUGAUUAAACGUGUGUUUUUAUGGUGACAAUAUAACACUUAACACAGUUAUCUCCUUAUCAUUUCUGAUCGGCCCUAAUUUUGUCGGUUCAAUCUUUCAUUGGUCCUAAUAUUUAGUCAGGUAGGAAAUCACAGCAAAGAAUGGAAGUUAGU